AUGGGGUCCGGCAUGAGCCGCGGCCGGCGGCGCAGCUUCGGUGCCGGGGCGUCGGGAGGGAUGCUGCCACUGCUGGCGCUUCAGGUUCUGAUCGAAUACGGCCGCGCGGGCGCCUCCCGGCCGCCCGUGACGGCGGCGUUGCUUGCCGCCAACGCGCUCAUCUAUCUCCGCCCCGGCGCGCUCGACGGGAUCCUGCCCUCGCUCACGCGCGUCUCCUUCAACCCGCGGCUCAUCAUCGAGUAUGGUGACUUGGUGCGCUUCUUCUUGUCACCGUUCUACCACUUGAGUGAAAGCCACCUCUUUUACAACAUGACAUCGCUCCUAUGGAAGGGCAUUCAGCUUGAAACAUCCAUGGGUAGUGUCGAGUUUGCUUCCAUGGUUGCUGUAUUGCUUGGUCUGUCACAGGGUAUCACGCUGCUCUUGUCCGAAGGCUUGCUCUUGCUUGGUGAUUAUACUGCGUACUACAAUCAAUACGCUGUUGGAUUCUCUGGUGUUCUGUUUGCCAUGAAGGUUGUGCUGAACGCCUGGUCAGAAGACUUUGUCUAUCUGCAUGGGAUGGUUAUUCCAGCGAAAUAUGCUGCCUGGGUUGAGUUGAUCCUCAUUCAGGUUUUCAUUCCUGGGACAUCCUUUCUUGGCCAUCUUAGUGGAAUACUUGCUGGAUUGGUUUACCUUUGGCUGAAGCGUGCAUUAAAUGGGCCAGAUCCGGUCACUCUUCUGAUGUCAAGCAUUGCAAAAGUCGUGACCUGGCCAGUAAGAUUUGCUCAGAAUCUUCUAUGGUCUGCCCAUUCACAGGGACGCUUUACAGGUCAGGGCAGGGUUGGGCGCCGGCAAUCAGCAAGAGAUACUCCUCGAGGGUUAUGGAGGUGCUCAGCCUGCACCUAUGACAAUUCAGUUUCCACAGAUAUAUGUGAGAUGUGCAGCACUGCACGAGAGGACCAUGCUUUUUCGCAGAGACAGGAUCAUCAAGCUGGAGGUAAUGGAGAACUCUCAGUUGAUGAGAUACGCCGAAGGAGGCUGCAAAGAUUUGACAGAUGA